GUAAUAAAAAACGCACAAUGUCGGUGGUUGUCGUAGCAACCGUUUCCGUUAAGAGAUGCACUGUGUCUGUUGUUGGCUGUAUUUGUAAUGUAAUGAAUGUUAGUCAGCGCUAGUUGAGGUAGCAGUAUUUUAUCUAAAAUCUGUUUAUCCACAUUUUACGAGCGUUUAUUCUUGGGCAAUGUCGCUUUCCUUCGUCGCGGAUAAAGUUAUCUUAAUUAUUGGACAGUAGCUAAAUUAGCAUUUAGCUAGCUACUGUGAUUUAACACCGAGUCUUGCAACAAUAGCUGCAAGACACUGAUACAGUUAAUAACGAAAUAAAAUAUAUUUUGCUUACCCAUCAUAGAUUGCAUUUUAGUUCACGCGUAUCCUUUCUCUAAGUAAACAAUUACAGCCUUAGCAUGUCUGCUAUCAGCAGCCUUGUCCCUGCACGGUUUCUGACCAUCAUAGCUCACCUUGUUAUUGUUAUCACUAUCUUUUGGUCGAGGGAAAAUAACGUGAAGGCUUGUUUGCCUCUGGAUUUCACACAGGCACAAUAUGACAAUGAGGAUAGAAAGUUGGUGGUGGCAUUAGCAGUCACCCUCGGUCUGUUUGGUAUAGAGUUAACUGGAUUCUUUUCGGGAGUGUCCAUGUUCAACUGCAGCCAAGGUCUCCUGUCCACAGGAGUCCAUGCCAGUGCCUCAGUGGCUCUACUUUUCUUUCUGUUUGAGCAGUGGGAGUGUGACAUCUACUGGUGGAUCCUUGCCAUUUGCAGUGUUCUUCCGGCUCUUGUGGAGAUUAUUUUGUUUAUAGCUGUUAUUGGACUGAAGAAGAAGCCAUUAUAAAAGACAGUCCUCGGUCCUGAUGUGAAAUGCUACACAGUAGUGUUGAUGUAUUAUCAGAUGCAGCAGCAGUAGAUGGUCUGUGAUUAAUUUAUGAUGCACAAAGACAUGAACUAAAAUCAGUGCCUGACUGACUCGUGCCGAGGUGUAGUGGUGUAUACAUACAUACAGUAUAUGCAUGUUUACGGUGUAUACCUAAUUCUGGGCAAGGAGAUCUACUGCAACAUAUCUAAAAAUAGCUGCCGAUACAAACCAGAGCACAUCCUGUAGACUACAGGCAAUCAUGUUACAGUGUUUCAUGUAAAAAAUCUGUUGUAUUUACUGCAUACAGGAGAGUUUUUGUCUCUGACUUUGGUUUGCAAAACAAUUCCUCCCCACAAGCAACAUAUAAAUCUGUACCAGUGCUGCAAAGAAGACCUAUCUGAAGGCCAAAUUCGAAGAACAGAUAACUUGCA